AUGGCGACGAACAUUGGGAUGAUGGACAGUGCUUACUUUGUUGGAAGAAACGAGAUUCUCGGUUGGAUCAAUGACCGUCUUCAUCUCAACCUCUCUCGUAUCGAAGAGGCUGCAUCAGGUGCUGUGCAAUGCCAAAUGUUGGACAUGACUUUUCCAGGAGUUGUGCCAAUGCACAAGGUUAAUUUUGAUGCAAAGAACGAGUACGAGAUGAUACAAAACUACAAGGUCAUGCAAGAAGUCUUCACCAAACUCAAAAUUACAAAGCCACUGGAAGUGAACAGGCUUGUGAAAGGCCGACCACUAGACAAGUUGGAGUUUCGACAAUGGCUGAAACGUUUCUGCGACUCCAUAAAUGGCGGCAUUAUGAACGAGAAUUAUAAUCCAGUAGAAGGAAGAUCAAGAGGCGGCAAAGAGAAGAGCGUAAAGGGAGCUAGUAAGGCCUCAAAGUCAUUGCAAACUAACAAUAUGCAUCAUCAUCCUCCAGUCACUACUUCCACCAAACCUACUGGUCUCAAGCAAGCAAAAUCACAUGCAGUUGGAGGUGGGAGCAACUCAUCAGCCGAAGUGCAAGCUCUGUCUAAGGAGCUUGCGGAGCUGAAGGUGUCGGUGGAUCUCUUGGAGAAAGAAAGAGACUUUUACUUCUCUAAGCUCAGGGAUAUAGAGAUACUCUGUCAGACUCCUGAGCUCGAUGAACUUCCGAUAGUGGUAGCGGUUAAGAAGAUAUUAUACGCAACGGAUGCGAAUGAAUCUGCACUAGAAGAAGCUCAAGAGUGCCUAGACGAGUCUCUAGGGCUUGAGGCUGCUGAGGAAGAAGAAGGAGAAGAAGUAGAAGAAGAGGCAGAAGCAGAAGAAGAAGAAACCAAGACUUGA